AUGUCUUGUGAAGAUUCGUUAAAUAAAAAUAUGAACAUCAGCCAAUUAUCAUCCUACUCCUCAUCCUCCUCUUUAUCGUUCACAUCUAUCUCAUUUAUAGGCACUGCUCAAAGAUGGUCUUCAAAUUUUUCCAAGAAGUUCAAGUUAAAGUUUUUGAAAUCAAGUGGCUCUUCAAAUUCUGAAGAGCCUGGAAACCAGACGGUUAAAUCAAGUUUGCAGGAGCAGCCAGUUGACAAUGGGAGAUUUUCUAGAAUGAAGAAAAAAAUUAAAAAGUUCACCACUGAGAUUCGCUCGUCCUACCACAGAGCCGCUAAAUCGUUGAACCAAUCAUUCAACAAGAAACAUGAAGGUGAACCCAACGAGUUGGCUGUCCAAAGUCCAAAACCGUCAUCACCGCCCCGAUUAUUGAGAUCGUACAAGUCUUAUCAUUGUUUGAAUGAGUUAUCAGAUUUGAUUGACUCAUUUCCAGAAGAGCAGCAAGCCAUGGACGAAAAUGAACUUGACGCUGCAGUUCAAAAGUCAUGCAGAAGUGGAUGUAGUUCAAGUAACGUCUUUACUCCACAAAAGAAUAACUUAAAAUCUUACCAUUCGUAUCAUUGUUUGACUUCCUUGAAUGGAGAAGAAUCAUUAGAUUUAAGUAAGUCAUUGUCAUCACUCAGCGAUGAAGAUGAGCAGUUGGAUGCAUCAGAUCCGGAAAUUGAUAUGAAGAUAUUUCUUAUUGAUGUGACGGUUCUCAAAUUGAGAGCGUUGGAUGCAGCUAAAAAUGAAAAUUUUCGAAAACAAGCUAUGCUGAAUAGUUUUUUGCAUUUGCUUGAUGGUUGGAUGAUUUUCAAGGAGGCUGCUUAA